CAGCAACUGCUGUUGCCCACUGCAAGAGAGGAAAUGGCCUCAUUAAAGUGAAUGGAAGACCUCUAGAAAUGAUUGAGCCCAGAACUCUGCAGUAUAAACUGCUUGAACCUGUCCUCCUCUUGGGAAAGGAACGGUUUGCUGGUGUUGACAUCAGAGUCCGUGUAAAGGGUGGUGGCCAUGUAGCACAAAUCUACGCUAUCCGUCAAGCUAUUUCCAAAGCAUUGGUGGCUUACUAUCAAAAAUAUGUCGAUGAAGCUUCCAAGAAAGAGAUCAAGGAUAUUCUAAUCCAGUAUGAUAGGACGCUGCUGGUUGCAGAUCCUCGUCGUUGUGAAUCCAAGAAAUUUGGAGGACCUGGUGCUCGUGCACGCUACCAGAAGUCUUACCGUUAAAAUUGUUCUACAGUCAUGUGACAGUCAAUAAACAUACAGAAAAUUUGAUAAAUU